UUUUAGUGGUAGCCUCGCCUUUCCCUCGCCUUCUUUUACGGCAAUUUGAACCGCCGCGCUUCCGCCAUCUUCCUUCAGCCCUCAGCCCGCCCAACGGCUUCGCGGAGGGGAAAAAAAGGGAGAAGAAGAAGGAAGGAAGCCAACGAACGAACGGACGAGCCCGAAAGGCGACGAGAGGCACGACCCUCUUUAAUCACCUCGCCGCCUUAAGAGGGUCGGGGAGGGAAGAAGAAAAAAAGGGGGAAAUAAAGGAAAGCACCACAGCGCGCGCGCGUGUGUGUGAGGAAAAGCGGAAAGACGCAGCAUGGCCGCCCCGCAAGGAGAACCCCAAGUGCAGUUUAAGCUUGUUUUGGUUGGUGACGGUGGUACCGGAAAAACAACAUUUGUAAAACGUCAUUUGACUGGUGAAUUUGAGAAGAAGUAUGUAGCCACCCUUGGAGUUGAAGUCCAUCCUCUGGUGUUCCACACUAACAGAGGCCCUAUUAAAUUUAAUGUGUGGGAUACAGCUGGGCAAGAGAAGUUUGGAGGUUUGCGAGAUGGCUACUACAUCCAAGCCCAAUGUGCCAUCAUAAUGUUUGAUGUAACAUCAAGAGUUACAUACAAGAACGUACCCAACUGGCAUAGAGAUCUGGUACGGGUGUGUGAGAACAUCCCCAUAGUUUUGUGUGGCAACAAAGUGGAUAUCAAGGACAGAAAAGUCAAAGCAAAGUCUAUUGUCUUUCACCGGAAGAAGAAUCUGCAGUACUAUGAUAUUUCAGCCAAGAGUAACUACAACUUUGAAAAGCCUUUUCUUUGGCUAGCAAGAAAGCUGAUUGGCGAUCCCAACCUGGAAUUCGUUGCCAUGCCUGCUCUUGCACCACCAGAGGUUGUUAUGGAUCCAGCCUUGGCAGCACAGUACGAGCAAGAUUUACAGAUUGCUCAAACCACUGCACUGCCAGAUGAGGAUGAUGACCUGUGAGGGAGUGAAGCUGGAGCCCAGCGUCAGAAGUCUAGUUUUAUAGGCAACUGUCCUGUGAUGUCAGUGGUGCAGCGUGUUUGCCACUUUAUUAUUCUAGCUGAGCAGAACAUGUGCUUUAAUCUUUGGGAUGCUGAAAGAGAAGUGGCUGUGGAGUGAAUGUGGCAGUUUAAAAAAAAAAUUCCUUCAUUUUGGACCGCAUAUUUAGCUGUUUUGGACUGCAAAUUUACUCCCCAUUUGAGUUACAAAUCUGACUGCUGCAGUCGCAUCACAGUAUUCGGUGGUAAAUCUUGUUUGUUACUGUCAUUCCCAUUCCUUUUUGUUUAGAUCAUAAUAAAGUUGUAUUUCAAAUAUCCAA